AUGUUCCAUAUUGAUCACGAGAUUCAUGGUUUUGCUUCCGUGGGCAUGCGUGUAUAUCUUGAGGGUGUCGUAAUUGACAUUUCUGUACGCCCUCAGUGCACCGGUGGUGUUGAUCGUGUUAAUGAUCAUGUCAAAGAGCUGUCUUGGCGUGGUAUUGACCAGAUCCACGUGUGGAAACACAUGGUUUUUGACGUUUCUGUACGGAAAAGACUUGAUGAUUCGAACAGUGAGCACGGAGUCGGUCACUAA